AAAAAAACAACAUUACAUGACAAAUAUAGAACCUACAAAUUUCUAUUUCAUCGAAUGGAAUACUACUUUAAGCUUAUUAUAUUCUAAACAUGAACAAGGAUAUUGAUAUAUGAAAUUUAGUAUGACAACAUAAUAUGCGUUGUUAGUUACUAUACCGUAAGUCACAUGUCAAGACAUUAAGACUUGAAGUAUGUUAUAUGUAAGUAUUAGUUUUUAAAGUAUGCAUACAUUUGCCGAGGAGACACUUUACAUCCUAGUGUGCACACGGAUAUUACAGAGCUAUAUAGUGAGUGUGUAAUAAUUAAUUUAAAGGGAAGAAUGUAUGUAUAUUUAGUGUUAGACGGAAUUUGUAAAAAGACGGCACGAGUUUUUCUGGAUUUAGAGAAAUGCGUGCCGUGUGUCGGAACAUACACAGAAAGCACAGUAGAUCCCCCACUGUGGUACAAAGCUCUCGUUAUGGAUUCGAUCCUCUUCGAUUGUGACCACAAAACGGUUUACUGGAGUUUGGAGCCGUGUGACGUCAGUGGAGGCGUUAUGACAGCAGACGAAACAAUAUAUACUGAGAAAGUCAGGGCAUUUUUCAAAACCAAAGAGCAAAUGUUUAACGAGAAGAUAUGUGCCGAGCUAGACCCUUCUCAGGUUGAAAUGUUUGAAACAGCCGAAGAUGUAUACAACAGUCUGAGCCCUGAGGUAUUUGACAGAGAUGGUAAUGUACCAACUUACAAAGGUCUACUGAAAAUUGUUCACGUUUAUAUCUUACCAAACAUUAAGCUUCAACAGAAACAUGAAAUACACGUGCAUGACGCUUUAAAAACUAUCGAAAAGGAGUACGAGAAUAUCGAAAUGCUUAUCAAAAUGAAAGUACAGUUGAAGAAAAACAGCGAAGAAUCGCUGAAGAGAAAAAGACAUAGUUUAUUGAAAGAUGAUGGUUUUUGGAAUACGCCGAACAGUAAGUUAAAGGAUAAUGAAAUAGUACACCUUCUGCUGAAACACUGGGAGAAAGAUAUACGACAACUAGAGAACACCCUGUCAAUGAUGGCCGAUCAAAUAACGCCUUUAAGAAACGCAACAGACGAAACGAGUAAACAGUUACUUGCAGACAAACGUUCAGAGAGAGAUAAUGUGAACACGACGAAGGAAAGAAUAUUAAGGGCAAGGGAAGAGAUUAUCAAUGCUCUUAAGUAUAAUCCAAGACGUUUACAUGAGAAAAGCGACAAGGGGAAACGAUCAAAGCCAGUAAAACACGAAUGUUUUAGUGAAAUGUUUGAAGAAUACAAAAGAGAAUCGGUAGAGAUUGAAGAUUUAAGCUUGGAAGUCAAGCAGCAUAUAAAUAUAAAGAUAAGACUAUCAAGUGUUCGCAACGCGACAAGUUUAACAUUGACGGAGAUUCACAGUGACAAGUCAUCGUACGGGUAUAAUAGGAAGAAAGGAUCUUUGGAAGUCGAGUCUGAUUUAUUUGACGCGACAAAGAAGCCGGAAGAUUGGAUGACGUUGAACGAACAUGUUAAGGCAUAUUUGAAUACAGACCAAUCAAAUCUGAAAACAAAGCACUUGGAAUUUUGUACUAGGUUUAAAGAAAAUUGUAAAGCUCUGCAAGAAAAGGCAAAACGUGAUUUCUUUGUUAAUUUUGGGACUCUCGAGCCGGGAAGACAAACGCUUCAGCUUGGAAACAGAUUCUCAGACCAGAAGGAACAGAUGCGUUUUUCUACUAGAUGGCUUUUCGGGAGUGUUACCGAGAAAGACUGUCAAAAUCUUUGUCAACAGAUCUCCAAUCAUAUUCUCACGAUGUCUGACCAGAUAGCUCUUGAAAUUCAAGGAAAUUCUGAUAUUUUGAAUACAUUUCAUUCCAAAAUUUACAUUUGUUACGAGGAACUAGUAUCAGAGGAUCUAAUGCCAGUUAUAUGCAAAUUGUUAGAACAAAGUUACACGGCACAGUGUGAGAAGCUAUCUGCGUGGAUUGACAAAUAUUCUGAUUUAGAGCUAGACUCUAUAAAUGCCACUUUGAAAAGUCUGUUUCCGGUCAAUGCAAAUCGGGAGAGAAAUGGAAAUCAAGUUGAAGUGAAAAGACAAAAUGUAAAACGCUCCGCAAGUUUCAUGGAAUCUCUUGUUCGCACGCCAAUGAAAUUUUCAGCAACUAUCGGCCGUCAUUUGAACACCAGCUUUCGCCGAGAAAGAGGUGCCUGCAGCGAUCCUAUUCCCGAAUCUACGUCAGUUGAACUAAGCAAACGUUUGAAGUCAACUUUUGAAGACUUUUAUGCAAAAUUGAAAGAAGAAGACGAAGCUGUUUCUAUUUUUAGUAAGUUACGUAAUCUUACCAGAGCAGUCCAGUCAGCACAAGGGACAUUUUCAGAACUAUGUCAUAAGAACGGACAGGGCAGUGAAAUGUGUGCAGACGACAUUUUGGAUAUUCUUAUACUUCUGAUAUGCAGACUAGAUCGGAACAGCUUACUGAAACUGUACGCACACGUGAAUUUGAUUUAUCAUCUGAGCCCGUACUUUUUACAGGGAAGUAUUAACGAAUACUCAAUUGUAACUCUAACAGGAGCGUUUCAACACUUGUUUGAAAGGCAAGAGAUGCAUGUAGGUUUAGAUUCAAACUCCAUUAAAUCGCGUUAAUCGUUUAAAAGAGAUGAUUCUUGCUAAGUUUAAAUGUUUAGAGCUCGUGAAAAAAGAGGCCAAAGUACCAAGCAAGUGAUAAAUAAAGUCAAGAAAUAAAAAAUGUUGAAAUAAAAUUUUCAUCCGUUGUGAUAACCAUUUAAAAAUGUAUUUAUAUCAUUGACAAUUAUAAGCUGGAACAACGGGCAUAUAGCACAUGUAAUAUUUUCAUUAAUGCCCAUUUAUCCGGUAACUUAUUAAACCCUUAAUAAAUUACGGGUCCGAGGGCAACCUAACCUUUAAAAAUUCACGCGCUGCAUGAAAUUAUUUUGGUGGCAAUUCAGCUGACCCUGAAGUUUAGGAACAGCCGGGUUGGACAGUCAGUGUUACAUUUCUUUGGAUAGAACACAAUAUAAUUAUUUAUGUUUUUUUUUUCUAUUGAACGUUAAACCUCUGAAAUACAAGAUACUUUCAUUAAAGGGAAUUUUGGCAAUGGACAUACCAUAUCUUACCCAAUGAUGUAUUUUAAAUUACAGAUAAAAUAGAAUAUAUUUAAUACACAUACCAAAACUAUAGUCGUACAGGAAGAUAUAAUGUUCAACUUCCUACUUUUAAAAGAGAACAACAAUACAUAUAGUUUACCUAAAGCUGUACUACUUUGAAAAGGCAUUGUUAGGCAAAAGUAUCGAGGAAGUAAAUAUUCGGAAUACA